CAGUGUACAGACAACUGACUACCGAGGCAGUUGGAGCAUCUUAAACACAAGUGUUUCAUCAUCACCCCAACACGACGCUAACAAUUAUGUUCACCUCAGUGGUGUUGAUGUGCAUGAUGGCGGCCCUGGGUGUGACUCUCCCAACCGGCUACAAUGUUCCCAUCCCUUACAACUUUAAUUACGGAGUGAGCGCCGGGAACAACAACUUCGGCCACCAGGAGGCCGGUGACGGCCACAACGUGAAGGGUUCGUACUUCGUGCACCUUCCCGAUGGCCGCGUGCAGACUGUGAAUUACUGGGCCGACGGGAGCGGCUACCACCCCACCGUCACCUACCAGGGCACCGCUAGUUACCCCAGCUAUGCUCCCUCCUAUGGUUACCACUGACACACCCGCCUCAACAAACGCCUGGUUCAGAUUUACCCCAAACAUGGUCAACCAUUAAGCUAGAGCUGUUGAAAAACUGACGAUACUGUUGUAAUAUUCUUUCCAUGUAUUGUUUCCUGGCUGUACAGGAGCGGGUGUUGAUGAUGAACUAAAACUUGAUCCGUUGUGUAAUAAGAGGAGGAGGUUGAUCAGGCCAGGAGGCUUUAGUAUCCAAUACUUUCUGGUCUCUCACAUCUCCUCUUACUGCUUUUAAUUAUAUUUUUCCUAAUAAAUAUGUAGAUGUAAAAUGUGAUGUUUUCCUUCGUUCAUGAUAUAUUAGUUGAAUGUCGUAGAUCAGUUAAUUCCUCCCCUCCUUUGUCAGUAAUAAUAAAAAGCGGUCAACGAAAGUGAAGAAAAUAAUACGACAUUAUAAGUGUCGAUUUAUCUGUCAGUCCCCCUCCAAUUUUAUCUCUCCACCCUCCUCUCUCUCCUUCUACGUAUCCUG